AUGGGAUCGCAGCCAGGUGGCUGCAGGGUCUCUGCGUCCCACUGGCCGUCAGCCAGGGGCCUCGCGUUCAUCACCAGCAGCUGCGGUGUCUUCGCGCGUGCUCUCAGCCUGAGCCCCCUCCCAGGCCACGAGGCUUCCAGAACCAUCCAGUUCAUGCAGAAGCGGCAAGGCCGCCUCAGAAACUUCAGUGCUCUCAGGAAGGAGAACAUUUAUGACAACAACAAACUGGCCUUCCGCGUGGCGGAGGAGGAGCUGGGCAUCCCAGCGCUGCUGGACGCGGAGGACAUGGUGGCUCUGAAGGUGCCGGACCGGCUGAGUAUCCUGACCUACGUGUCCCAGUACUACAACUACUUCCACGGACGCGCCCCCAUUGGAGGCAUGGCUGGCGUGAAGAGGUCCCCGUCCGAUGCUGGCGAGGAACCCUCCGGAAAGAGGGCCCCACCCCAGCCGGCCAUGCCCUCACGUGCCCUAGGCCGGGGGCAGCCGCUGUCCCCGGUCAGCACAAACCCUACUGUCCCGCGGAAGGAUGGGGGCGCAGAGGACCACCCGCUGAAGGCUGGCCAGGCCUCGGCAGGUGGCUCAGUCAGCAGCACCUGUGCGGUCUGCGGCCUGCACGUGCACCUGGUGCAGCGACACCUGGCUGACGGGAAGCUCUACCACCGCAGCUGCUUCAGGUGUAAACAUUGUUCCAACACGCUGCACUCGGGCCGCUACAGAGCCACAGCGGAGCCUGGCGUCUUCGUCUGUCCCAGCCACCCCCCCGAAGCCACCUCUGUGAGCCCUAAGUUGCCAGGCCUGGCCGCCAGCCAGCCAGGGGCCGUCCCCACAGACUUUAAGCCCCCCAGUGCCCCGCAGAAGGCCCAGGGGGUGCGUGGACAGAGAGAUGUGGGGCCAGAAGCCAAGCCCACCUCCUGGCAGCCCGUGGUGGGCAACUCAGCUGCCAGAGGCAUUGUCCCCACUGCAGCUACCUCCCCCAUGGGGAGUCCAGCUGGGCCCAGGCUCUCGGUGGGCCCUGUGAGUGGCAAAGCCAGCAUACGUGUGACCAACAGCUCCCCGACGGGGUGGUCAUCACCGGCACAGGACAUGGUGGCCAUCAGCCCCCGUCCCGCUGUGACCUCGAGUGCCCCGGGCCCUCGCCCGGCCACACCACAAGGCCAAGCGACCACCCGAGUGCCAGCCCCUCAGACCAAGUUCAGUGUGAGCCCAGCACCUCCAGGCCCAGCGGACACCCCAGCCUCUGCCCCACCGGCCUCCAGGACGCAGCCAGCCCAGGAGAAGUCUGUCCAGACACCUCGACCUGCCCCCAUCGCGGGCGCAACCGUGAGGGCGCCAGCUCCGGCAGAUGCUCCCUCCGGGGUGGUCAGCAGAGCGCAGGCACUGAGCUGCCUCCGCAAGGCCCUUCCAGGGCUGGGGGAGGCUGGCACUCAGGCGCCUGGCAGGCCCUCCCCGGCUGCCUCCCCUGCUCUGAACUGCCACCCCAGAGCUGAAGGGCCACGAGCAGGUCCAUCCGCUAAGCCAGCACCGCUGGCGUCUCCCCAGGCCUUUCGCCCCCCGGCAAGGACUGAGCCUCAGGCCCUCCUGAGUACCUUGAAGACGCCCACGCUGCCCCAGGCGGCUGUGAAGACCUCAGCUGUGUCUUCGGGGGUCAGCAGGGCAGGUGCUGGCUCCAGGCUGAGACCAGAGGCCUCACUGGCAAAGGGCCCGAGCGCCAGCCCCCAGGAAGGCCAGGAGGACGGGCCAGCAAGAUGGAGGGGCCUCCUGAAGCCCGUGGACAAGAGCAGCCCCGCUGAGAGGGCCCUGGAGCUGAAGGAGCCACGGGUCCCGGGAGAGCCGAGGGCGGGGAAUGUGCCCUGGAAGGCCCCUGUCCACGUCACUGUGACCCCCGUGCCGCCUGAGCGGACGCCGGGCCCGGCCGAGCCCCGGCCCAGCCUCUCAGCUGCACCCCCUUCUCCGGCCCCCUCCCCUUCCCGCCGCAGGAAGCUCGCCAUCCCUGCCAACCUGGACGUUUCUGGCGACUGGCUGCAGCCGCGGCCCUGGGUGCAGGAGGCCCCGGCUCGGAGCCGGAAAGAGGAGGAGGGGUGGCCCCCUCCUCAGGACAAACCAGGGAGGCCCUUGGACCCUGCUGGUGUCCCUGCUCCACCUAGCAAGGCAGUGACCUCUCCUGUCAGACUGCAUCCCGACUACGUGCCCCAGGAAGAGAUCCAGAGGCAGAUGCAGAGCAUCCAGGGGCAGCUGGACGUGCUGGAGCUCAGGGGCGUGGAGCUGGAGAAGCGCCUGCGCGCGGCCGAGGGGGACGCCUCGGAGGACGCGCUCAUGGUGGACUGGUUCCGGCUCAUCCACGAGAAGCAGCUGCUGCUGCGGCUGGAGUCGGAGCUGAUGUACAAGGCCCGGGACCAGCGCCUGGAGGAGCAGCAGCUGGACCUGGAGGGCGAGCUGCGCCGGCUGAUGGCCAAGCCGGAGAAUCUGAAGUCGCCCCAGGACCGGCAGAGGGAGCAGGAUCUGCUGAACAAGUACGUGAGAACCGUAAACGACCGCAGCGACAUCGUCGACUUUCUGGACGAGGACCGGCUCAGGGAACAAGAGGAGGACGAGAUGCUACAGAACAUGAUCCAGAAGCUGGACCUCCAGAGGAAGAAGCCCAAGUCCCGCUUGUCAAAGGCCUGGUCCCUGAGGAGCAGAAGCAGGACCCCCGAGUGAGCUGCAGAACAGGCCACGGGUCCCCCGGGCAGUGCGACCCGCACCAAGGCCCCAGCAGCCUCAAUAAAGAAACUGACCAAGUGG